AAUCAAUAUAAAUUUUAAUAAAAUUAAUAAUUAUAAUAAAUAACCGCCCAAAUGUGUCAAAAAUAUUUAAUGUGUAAUUUAUUAUCGAUAAUUGUGUUUAAGAAGUUAAUCAAACACCGCCAGUAUUACUACUGUAUGUGUUAUUACAGCAAUUAUUACUUCAAUCUACUUUCAAAUCAAUAGUUUUGGGAAUAACGUAUUGUGCUUCUAAAAACUGCCAAUGAGUCGACGUCAGUCAUUGGAUCGACCAGGUAAACAUGACAGAGUAAUUGAAAAGAUGCAUUCUUUACUCACUGUUGAUUGUGUACCGAAAACAAAAAGUCCAACUACAUAUAGAAUAUUGUCUCCUCCGGGUCCGUUUCUAACGCCCAGUCCAUCACCAUCGAUCUCAGCUAGUCCACGUUUACAACCGUCACCUUCGCUGUCACCAUUUCCACAAGAUGUACUUCUAGUAACGGGUAAUCCUCUAACAAAUGCAAGCACACAUGAACAGGAACGUAAAACCGUAACACCAGGUCGUAGACAAUCUAUACAUCAAUUUACUAAUGGUAGUCCGAAUGCGGGUACUGUGGUCUUCCAACCUAGCCCCUCACAAUCUCCUGCAGCUGCCACCAGUGUUGUGGGCGUGACCGCUGGUAGCAUAAAUGUGAUUACAGGUUUAACAAGUUCUGGAGCAACGACAACAACAUCGACAACUGGCCAUGAAUUAAACGCUACGUUAGUGGGCUCCAAUAAUAUUCAGUUAAACAAGAAGGGCACCAAACGCCAACAGCACCAGCAUUUACAACAUCACCAAAUAUUUAAUAACAAUAGCAACAACAGUAAUAAUUCAGGUCAUUACAAUACUAAUUCAGCAACUAGCGCUAUAGCUGGCGGCUAUGGGCAAUUACACGCCUCAACAAUUAACAAUACGCCGCAUACGUUUGCGACAGGAACUGUGGCUUGUAGCCCAAAAAGUCAAACGAAAAAAUGUGUUCCCAAUGGUCCCGCCAACGCCACCGCAACUACCGCUGCAGUAUUAUCCACAAAUCAGCAACAAACGCUACAAUCACAGCAAUCAAAUUUUCAGCAAUAUCAUAGCAAUAGUCCAUUAAUAGCUGAUAGUCCCUCACCAAGUCCAAGUAAUACAAUAACUGCUGCCACCAUCAAACCGCCCACACCACAACCAAUGCAAAUGUUGCAACAACAAUUCACCUUGUCAACUAAUUCACCGUCUAAUGGUCCUCAGCAGACCUUUCAGUUGAUUCAGGGUCCUCAGGGCCAAAUAAUCGCUGCUGCAACGCAACAACAGCAGCAACGUUUCGCCAAUACAAACACGGCAACCUCAAACCAGAACGGUAAAUCCACCAAAGUCCCUCAGCAAAUAUUACCGAAACCUAAUCAGCCGCAAUUUCAAUCACAAAUACAUUUAGAAAAUAUAUCGCAGUUACAGCAAUCAUUGCAACCAACGACAGCCACUCAAGUACAUAAUCCAAAUCAGCAACAUCAAAAGACCAAAAAUUCGACAAACAGUUCCAAUAACAAUAACAGCAACAACAAUAACAGUGCGAUUAACACAAGUACUAACAUGUCGCAACAUUUGCCACAGAUCUCACAGUCGCCUCAGCCAACGCAGCAGACGACACAGCAACAAAUUCUCUUACCUUCUGGAGCUACUGCUAGUCUUACAGCCACCCAGCAGCCAUUACUGCUUAAUCAAGUGCCAGUGUUGGUGCAACAAAACACACCUCAAGGCGUUCAAUUGAUUUUAAGGCCGCCUACACCGCAACUAACAGCAACGCCAUCACUAGUUAUUCAAAAUACACGACCUCAACCACAAUUGCAAGCACAACAACAACCACAACAAUUAUUGCGUAUACUUGGUACAAAUGGUGCUACUAUGCAAUUGGCAGCCGCUACUCCCACCUUCAUUGUGUCCUCCCAAGCCAAUCUUAUACAGCAAGCCACAAAUCUGCAAACAAUUAAGACAAAUCCUCAAACGCCUGCAAUUACGCAAAUUAGUGGCUUACAUGCUGCCCUUUCCGCUGCCGCUGCCGCUAAUACCCAGCCACGAUCUCAACAAUUCGCUACCACAGCAGCGACAAUUAAUGGCCAUCUUUUAGGUCCUAGUAUGGCAGCUCAAUUACAGAAUCUUCAAUUAGCAGCAGCAGCAGCAGCCAACGGUAGCGGUAUCACAGCACAAAUUCAAAUGCCGAAUGGUCUUAAUGCUUCUACCGGUCCAACACUACUAUCUCAACUCCCAGCUGCAAAUUUCCAGCAGGGUACCACAAGUAGUUUGAUUAAUCUCAAUCAAUUGAAUGGAACCAAUAUUCAUCAAUUGGCUGCUGCAGCUGCCGCUGCAGGAGCUACCUUUCAAACCCCAGGCGUUCCAACACAAUCGCCAGCACCUACAAGCGGAAGUAAUGCUAAUGCGGUUUCAUCUAACUCCAGUACUUCAACUGAUCUCUUCAAUGGCCAAAGUCCCGCUGCGGGCCUGACAAGUCUAACACAAUCACCAGGUCCAUCAUCUAUCGCCGUAACAUCGGAACCGAUGAGGCAGCCUGCAUCCGUGCUUCAAAGUAUUCCCGCCAGUCCUCAGCAAGUGAGCGGAGCGCAAAUACAAUUAAGUCUAAAUGCAGCAGCCACCAUACAGUUACAACAACAACAACAACAGCAACAACAAGCGCAAAUUCAACAGUUGCAGCAGCAAAUACAGCAAACGCAAAAUCAAGUUCAACAAGCGCAAAAACAAGUUCAACUUCAACAACAGCAACCGCCGUCAGAACCAACCAAGAAAAAACCACGACCACGUAAAAAGAAGCAACCCGGAACAAGUAGUGUACAAAAUGCAGCGGCUAGCAAUCCUACCGCGAUUAAUUCUGUCAAUUCUACUCCUACGACGGCCGCUGUAGUUAAAACUUUUACCGCCACAGCCAAUAGACCAUUAAAUACAACUACAUCAAGCGCUAUAGCUAUACCUACAACGAUAACAACUAGCAAUAGUAACGUAACGGUUCCUAAUUCGAUAACAGCCAAUGCAACUCUAACGACAGUAACAACAACAAAUCAUAGCCAACCGUAUGGAAACGCAACCACCGUUCAACAAGAAUCUCAAAUGCAAAUGAAUUUAUUAAGUAAUCAAAUCGCACAAGUACAACAGCAACCGGCUAAGUCACCUUCUCCUCCACCACAAAUAACUCGGGCCAGCAACGGUAAGCUUGAUCUCGGAAAUGUCAUGAAAUUGUGCGGUAUUAUGGAAGACGAUGACGACGAAGAUUAUAGUAUGGAAGCGUGCGCCGUGUCAGCAUCUAGCGGAGAAAUAGCGCAGCAUCCAGACAACGGUAACAACAACGCAGAAAUUUCCAUAUCUUUACCUCAAACGGAAAAUCAUUCAGGGACGUUACCGUACACAUUAACGAUACCGGCCACGUCAGCAACAGCCAUGACCGGAGAAUCGAAUGUUCCAGGGCCUGCGACAAAUAUAGUGAUUAAAAUUGAUGCUGGCGACUCAGGCCUAAGCUCCUCUGCUUCUGGUACGGCACCGUAUUCAAUUAGCAUACCAUCUUUGCCCACCGCCGAAGAGAUAAAUGCUCAAGCUCAACAGAUGGCAACAAUGAGUCAACAAAUUAAACCCACAUUACCCCAUGUACCCACAAGUAUAAACUUUUCUCUGCCACUUGGUCAGAUUAGUUCUAUGACAUCAACAAGCUUUCCAACGACCGGCUCCAUUCAUAAUAACAUUAUAACAAGCAUGGCGGGAAGAAUUUCAACGUCAACUUUUUCUGCCACUAACGCUGUAACUGCAACCACGCCGGCAACUGUGACGGCAACUGCUACGACAACUACUACUACUACUACAGCUACUGUUAAACCACGUCGAAAGCCAGCAGCUAAACGUAACAACAAAAAGCAAGAAACGAAUAAUGUAAAUUUAAUCCACACACCACCUUCCACAUCGAUAGCAUUGCAGAAUACUUCCACGUCCAUUACUUCCAAUAUUAAUCAAACAAACUCAACAACCUUAGCUAGUUUAAACAAUAGUGCAAAUAGCAAUACAAUUAAUGCGCCAUUGUCCACAGCUGCUCUAGUACCUAGUCACAUUGGCAAUAUACAGAUCUCUCAAAUUGAUGCCAAUCGAUUGGCGCAGAAUACCAAUAAUAUGUUGAACACAUCUCUAGGAACCGUUGUUGAUAAUAAAAUACAAAUCAUGCCAAUAAUAGAGAAAAUAGGUGCAACUACUACAACUACCACAGCUCAAUUGCCUGUUCAAUCUCAGCAGCAAAUUGUUUUGCAAAAUUCAGGUAUGCAAGCGCAUAAUGUCGCAACAACUGGCACAACGUUGGGGGACAACCAAACAAAGCAAAUGCAUUUGGUAGCUUUACCUCAAACCUCUAAUAGCGGUUCAUCCCCGGCCAUCUCGAUCUCAAAUUCGUCAACAACGUUCACAACUCCUACUCUUUCAAUACCGCAGCAAAUCAAUCACACCCCCACUAAUCUAACUGCAACAAUUCCUACAGCUGCUAUGACGCCAGUCUCAUCUCAAUUGUCUGGAAUGGCGGCAAACGUUAACCUAUCGGUGUGCUCGCCAGCAACGAUAGCCGCUUUAUUACCGCAAUUAACGGGCAGCCUUACUCUCGCUGUGUCAGAACAAUGCGAAAGGCUAAUCUUAAGACAUGAUCCCUCCCAGCCUCCCGAUGAGCAGUCGCACACAAUUCGACGGGCAUUAUUAACUGGUGCUAUAGCGAAUGUCACCAUUAUCAAUGAACCGUCAAAAGUGGAAGGUAUUAACAAGAUACCACUACAAAUACCUACUACGCCGCAACCGAAUAUAUCGAGUGCAAGUACAAGUUGCUCCACAACAACGACUAGCACUUUAGGAACUGUUAGUAAACAAACAAAAAAAGUGACAACACAAAAACAGAAUGUUAACACAAAUAACGGUGAUUUUUCAUCUUCGUCCAAGCAAGCGUUGAAAAAAUCACCUGACCUCGGUUCAAUGACAGUGGGAUCAGCAAACAGUUCAGGCCUAUCGCAACAGCAACGUUAUGUUGCCCUGCCGAAAAUUGAUCCAAAUUCUCAGCAAUUAUUUUGCCUUAACACACUUAACAACCAGAUCACCCCGAUAAGCCCAAAUCAAACAACAGCUUCGAUAGCACCCACCGAACGACUGCUAAUAGCACCAGCAGGUAUAAAUGCGCAACAGUUAGCUCAAUGUCUUCAACAGGGCCAGAUACAUUUUAACGACGUAAAUCCUCCAACAGCUCAAAAUCAGCCAUCAACUACCAUGGUAACGCAAUCGCUUAACAAUCAACAACCAAAACAGCAAAUUGUACAUCCCCUGGCGAGCAGUGCGAGUAGUGUACCCACAAUUACCACUUCUAUGAACACCACCGCAGGUGCAAGUGCCACUAUUACCUCUUUAACAAAUCAAACUAAUGUAGCUAUGACUACGGCCACUACUGUCACCACUAAGCAAGUGGCCAACGUAGCUCCCAUAAUUGAUCAAAGCAAGGCUGUCAAGCAGGAUAAUAAACAGAAUACGUUAAUUGGAGCAACAAAUGCUAAUACUAGUACUGUGCAAAAAAAAAAGCCAGUAAGGAAACCAAAAGCUUCUACCACAACAGCCGCAGAUGUAGCACUAAUGAAAAAUGCCACCGUUGUCAAACCUUUACCCAAAUUGGACCCUUUGUCGCAAAAGCCAAAUAAUAAUCCCAUACAGAUUGUGCAGCCUAACACAGCCAGCGGCAAGCCGGUAACAAGUAAUUCUUGCUUAACGCCUACAUCUACGAAUGUUACCAACACGACCAGCACGAGCAAUAUAAGCAACAUAGCUAGCGUACCACCAUUUCAAACAACACAAAUUGCAAAUGGAACGAAAUUAGUGGGUGUUACAGCUCCUAUGCAACAGCAAACCCAAUCGAAUAACAUGGCACAACAGCAACAACAGCAAAAUUCUUUAAAUAUGCUACGUCCUCAGGGAAGUAAUGGAAAUGUUUUUGGACUCGGAUUCUCGUCGAUUUCUUCGAUAUCAACCACUAUAACUUCGUCGACCAGUUCGAACAGUAUGAACAACAUAAAUAGCAGCAUGCAAAACGGUCCGCCAUCACUUACGUCUAUACAACAAAACAAUAUCAAUCAAUCAACUGGAUCGUCUCCUUCAACGACAACGCCUCCACAGCAACAGCAACAAUUUCAACCUCAGCAUACGGUUUCACGAGUACAAACUAUACAGUUGACUCCACAACAACAACAGAUGUUUCGUCAGGUCCAAAUGCAAAUACAAUAUUUGACAUAUAAAAUGCAACACAAAUCUAUGGUAUCUUCCUUACCUCUGCCACCGGAAUUCGAUGCCAAUAUUAUAGCUCCGUUCAAUAAGGCAAUGUCGGAAAUCGAACUAAAUACAUCUCUGCAACGACUCUUUGUGGAACAACAAAGCAUUUUGGCAUCAGGCAAAGAAAUUCCAACCCCCGAAGGAUUCAUUACUAACCCGGGAGUAACGGGGAGUGGACCAAUGAAUUUCACUACCCUAAUGCAACCACCCGUGCUAAUGGAUAAUAGCAAGUCAAGCAUUACUAAUAGUAAUGCAACUAUACCAGCAAACGUUGUGCAACCCAAUAACCACUCAAAUUCCCCAAACAACAUUAAUGCGAGUAAUAAUAAUAAUAAUAAUAAUAAUAAUAACAAUGCGACGAGCUCCAGUGCCAGCACUAGCGUACAGCAAACAACCCAAAGAAUACACAUCUAUCCCAUACAACAUAAUCAGCAUAAAGCAAAGCAACAAAAAACUACGCAACAACCGCCACAACAACAAUUGAUCCCAUCCAGCCAAUCCAUCCUUACUUGCAGCACAGCUAAUAUCAUAAAUAACAAUAACGCAAGCUCGAAUAGUCUUAUUACAACAACGUCAACGAUGCAGCAGCAAACUAAAACUACAAAUAAAUCAAAACCAAGCCAACCAAUAGUAACUUCCAUGCAACAAACGCAACAGUUACCGCCAACGCAAACGCCGCAAUUACCGCAUCCAGCACCACCGCCGCUAACAGCUCAAAGCCUUCAAAUAUCGUUAUCGCCGUUGUUGCAGUCAGCGCAGCAACAACAGAUGAUUAACAUUAGCAAUAUGCCGGCAAUGUUACAACAAAAACAUUUCACGCAACAUCUGCAGCAACAGAUAUUACAACAACAACAGCAGCAACAACAGAAAUUACAAAAUGCAAAAAGCCCUGCGACCAGUUUAGCAACCUUGAAUUCACAGAAUUUCAAUAUCGGCAGCAGUAGCGUCGUCGGCGGUCCACCGCCUUUAAUCUUUCCGAAUUCAUCGAUCAUUUUAGCACAGCAGCAUCAUCAACCGGCGCAACCAUUAGCGACGUCAACGCCUCAAUUGCCGCAACCGCAAUUGCCCACAUUAUCUACAUUGCCUGCAUCAUUUACCGCUUCGUUGACAAACCAAAAACCUGUAAUUGGUGGCAACUCAAGCAUCAUCACUAGCAUAAAUAGUACUAGCACGAGCAAUAGUUUCCCUAAUUCUAAUAGUCUAACAACAGCAACAACAUUAGUAACAAUGCCGUCUCUUACUGCAAGUUCGACAGUCGUUACCACCUCAAGCGUAACCCUAAUGCAAAUUUCCACCUCUUCGUCGACGUCGUCAUUUUCAACAUCAACUACAUCGACAGCUGCAAUAACCAUAUCGUCAACGGCAGCGAUAACAACACCGAGCACAUCCGCAUCCCUGACAGUCACAGCUUCCCCCAGUAUCGCAGUUGCUGCGACCGUUAGUAGUCAUAGCAGUAGCGGCAACACCGGCAUCAAUAGAUUCACAAAUUCAAUUUACGUUACGUCGAACAAUACGUCGAAUAAUACUUCUUUAUAUCCGGACAAUGGCGUUGGUGGCACCACAACAACAACAACAACUAGCGCUUGUGUACCAAUUAUUGGUCUGAAGACUGAGGAUCAAACUCAAAUGUCACCAAAGCAAAAACUUGCCCGUCUUUCUUUGUUUUUACAACAAUUGGAAGUGGAUCAAAGGAGUUGCUUAAAACCUGACUAUAAAAAUCCAUUUCAAACUAAAGAAGAAACUGUUAAGAAAUUAAUAAGAUAUCAUUGUUUUUAUCAAACUGACGAAGAUAUACCAAUUGAAGAAGAAGAAGAAUUUGAACGUACUGCUCAAAGGUUUCAGGAUAAAUUUCGUUUACUCUCUGGGAAAUUUCAGGAAAUUUUGCUACAAGAAUCAAUGUUACCUCAUCGUACUUCGGAAUUGUGUCAAAUGGAACAAUUAAUGAUAGAAGAUUUGCGACAAGAAAUCGAAGAGUCACGUCGCUUAGAAAAAGAGCUUAAAGUAUAUGAGCAGCAGCAAAUUGAAUAUAUUAAAAAUGAACCACCAGCACAAUAUCAAAAUCAAAGUUCCUCAAUUGGAUUUGAGCAAGUCAAAAAUGAACCGAAACCAGAACCAACGGAAAAUAAAUCCAUUUUAGAUAUAACUGUUAAUGGGACAGACAGUAAUAGCAAUUUUACUAAUCACAGCCAACAGUCAACGUCAUCGUCACUAGUAUCAGAGUCAACGUUUGAUUCAAUUAAAAAUGAAAUCAAAACCGAAUCGUCAAAUUCUCAAUGUUCGCAGAGCGCAAAUAAAAGUUCUAAUAGUUUUCUUGAUUCUUUUGAUGCCCAAAAAGCACCAGGAAUCGUAAAUAUUAAACAACAACAACAGCAACAACAGCAACAACAACAACAACACCAAUCAGCUCCAAAUCAAAUGCCGCUUACGAAGGCAGCUAAAAAGGAGGAUAUAUUCAACAAUUGGAAUCAAUCAUUCUUAGAAUCAGGCAAGACAUCUGGAAAUACCUAUUACAGUCAUCUCGCCAGUUCUAUUAAUUCGAUGCCAAAACCAGUAUAUCCAUUAUAUAAUGGUUCCCUCAAGAAACCAUUACCCUCCCAAGAAAUUAAGCCGCCGGUAAAAGAGGAGUUUGAAAAUUUCGAUAUUGAAAGUGAGAUAACACCAAGUUUUAUAAUGAAAAAAGUUGAACCGAAAGCUUCGAUUAAGCCGCUCGCAUCACCAGCCACCGAACAACAAUCAUCAACCGUAGUACCCGACGAAAAAACGAAUUGCAACAGUUCUAAAGAUACUCCAGAAGAAGAGGACCGUAAUAGUAAUUAUGUACCAGAACAGACAUCACAGAAUUUAAUACCUUGUCAAAAGUCUUUACAAGUUUGCUCGACGCAAAUAGCUACGUCUAAUCAUUUUGCUUUCUCAAAUCAUGUAAACACAAGCAAUGCUCAAAACUCUUCGUGUAGACAGCAUGACGAUGAUUGGUUGUGUAUACAAAAGGAAUUGAAUUUAAUGAAUAACGAAGUCACCAACGCUCCUACCAAAGUGACUGAUGUACCCACUCAGCAUAAUACAAGUAAUCACCAAAAUCGAAAUGACAUGGUGGGACCGGUAACGAAAGAGUUAGAUUUUCUAACCGACUCAUCGCCAACAGAUCUUUUUCCGAAUGGCUGCAUUAAUAAAGGCAACGAGAAUAAAAACACUACCCAAGCCUCACCACCCACCAACACAACAACAAGUAGCUGCAGCCAACAAAAUCAACAGCCCACCGCACAUCAUAUGACGCAAUCAGAAAAUCAUCAAACAGAUUUGAAUGAAUUCUUUAGUGGUUCCGAGGAUAGCGAAAUUCAUAAAUCCGUAGAAUCGCGACUGGAAGCCAUGUUUAGUGGCUCUCCGGUGCAUAUAAGCGGCAGCAAAAGUAGCAGUGUCGAUAAUUCAGAUGAUAUAGAAUCCGGCUUGGAAUCCAUAUUUGGAGAAUCUGUAAAAUCACCCACUCAUUGUGGUAACAAGCACAAAACCACUACCUGGGAUCAAGACAUAGGUGGAAACUCAUAUAUAGGACAGCCUCAACCGCAGCAAGAACAGCCGCAGCAACCAUCUGCUCCUGCAAGUUUUAUGAACGCCCAUCAUAUGCAACAGCAAGUUAAUAGCGCCAACAAUGCUAGAUGGAUGCAGAAUAUGGAAGCCCAAUUGUCAGAUUUUAUGUCUACUAAUAACACAACAAAUAUCAAUAGUUCCAGUUCCGAUUGUCUGGUGGCAGCUGGUCGAAAACGGUCAUGGAAUGGUCAUGUGAUGGGAAAUGAAUCGUCCGAUAUGCGGACUGAUGAGAACAACGCCCACAAAAAACUAUGUACCAAUGUGAACGGCUUGACUUCUAGCUCAUCUAAUUCGUCUUCACCACUUCCGCAAGUUUCAACGCAUCCGCCGCACAAUAACUCCUUGCCAACGGAUACCUCCCAUGCGCAAGAUCUCAUGGAGGCAGCUUUACUUUCCCUUCAUGAUGGAUUGGGUGUCGAAAACACUGCCACCGAUACCGCCACAGAUGCAAAUGGUUUCUCGCAUAUCAUGUCUCAUCAAAAUCAUUUUGGAUCAUAUAAUAACCACCUGAAUGCAAACGGUCAACAGAAUCAUUAUGUUAGCACCAAUGUAACCCAUCAUAAUAUAACACCACAAGAUCUUAACAAUCAUAUGCUUCAUAUUAAUCAUCAUCAAUCUCAACAUCAAGCUAACAAUCAUAAUAAUGCCACGGGAUCUGGAGGCGAAUUCGAUGAUGAUAUUACGCGUCAUGUACAAAACGCUAUAGAUAGUAUUUUAAAUUUGCAAAGUACUGAAUCGGACUCCCUGCCCUUCUCUUUGGACCAUUCUAUGGGAUCGUUUCUAAGUGAUAGCAUCCUCGACGAUCGCCAGUCAACAAACGGCCAAAGCAGUUGUCAAGAAUUAGCCAAAAGACGGCAAUUAGUCGACGAAUUGACUGAUUGUUUAAUGGUUAAUGCUAAUGGUGCUCCCACCAGUAACGUUGUAGAUAAUGCAAUGCUAAUGGAUACCUCGGCUAAUCACGCCCAACUUAUGACCCACAACAAUGCACAUCAUGGUCAAGCCAUGCAUCAUUCACAUCAUAUGAACAAUAAUGGAACAGUGGCGGCCGUCACAACAGCAACUGCAGCAGCGGCAGCAGCAGCAGCAGCCGCAAUAAAUACGCAACAUAACCAAAUAAAUGAUUUCAGUUGCGUGGUGAGUGGCAUAGACGACGCCGUCAAAUCCAUUAUGUCAUCUUGACAACAUAAUACCACCUGUUCUACCGCCACAACUACUACGGCAAACGUGGAACAACAGCAGACUACUCUACCAUUAGCGCAGCAACCACAGCGUCUUAUUAAUGGCCACACGUUAAGCUCUGUUAAUGGUGUCGGAAGCUUAAUUUUAGAAUUUAAUGCGACUGCAUUAUGAGAUCAUUUGCAAUAUGCAUCAACGCAAACGUUGGCUAUGACUUAAAUAGUUUUUAUUGACACUUGAUUUUGCUGUGGCUUUAAGAAACUUAAUAUAUUCAAGAUAGACUUUUUACUUUCAAUUUCAUUACAUUUCACCUAACCUUUGUUAUUGUCACUAUCUGGUUGCCGCUAGGCUACCCAUGCAAGGGCAAAAAAAAAAAAACAAA